GCCCACGGGUAUGUACUGUACAUAUGUACCUGUUAGCUCUUAAGUCUACCUGUGCCCAUUGGAGAUGCGGCGCGUUAUGAGUAGAUCCGUCCGCUACAUGCAACCUUACCUAGCCUUGCCAGGAUCGCGUAGCAGCUGCACAGGUAUCUCUAAGUAACUCUUUGGAACAGGUCCGUCCAAAUUCACCUUGCUAGGAGUAGGGAAAGUACCUGUAGCUACAUACUCUCUACAUCCUUGAGCUACAGCACCCACUCCCGCUUUUUGUACCUAGUUCUAGGUAGCUUUACCUACUGCGGGAAAGUGCAUACCUACACAGGUAGCUCUACCUGCCCUAGGCAAGGCGAAGGAUAACUUUAUAGAGGUCAAGUUCAACAAGUUCAACACCACACGCGUUUCCACAUGCCGUUGACCACCAUUAGUUAACUAAGUAGUGUUCUUCACUGUGCUCAUCGACUGCUGCUCCCCUCAAAGUCAGCGCCGCCUCUCGUGCGACAUUGCCGCUGCCGUGGAUCUCGACCUGCCCACACAAUGCGAUAGACUGGUGGAUAGACUAUGGCGGAUGAUCGCAUUAUGGAGGCCUUCCAGGCUCUCCACCGAGACCUGACAAUCGUUGCCGAUGCCCUCAAGGAAGAUCGCGAAGAUCGCGGCCGCGUGGCCUUGGCUCAAAUCUCAGAGAGCCCUACCCUCGAAGUUGUCGCCGACAGCUUCCAGCGUCUGCUAGACAAGCCCGGGCGAAAGAAAGAGAGUCGCGACACUGUGCUGUCGGGGAAGAUCAGUGUAGACGACGAAGAGUGGACACUCAACAAGGACUUUCAAGAAAUCAUUCUUCAAGUUGCCGACGACCUCGACCUAGACGAAAUCGAGGCCGCUCGGCUUGCCUUACAAGCAGAAGAGGAAGAGGCUCGGUUGGGUAGAUCCAGAAAGGAAUGCGCUCUUAUUCGGUUUCAUCAACAAAGAAAGUAUCUGCUCAGCUGCAUGCUCCUAUUACUGCAGCUUUCUAAAGAAGAAGAUGAGUUGUUGGCCGACGAUGAUGGCGGUGACCUGGGACAGCUCGGUCAAUAUGUCAACCACAAUAUUCUUCGAGACAAUAUACCCGGUGCUGCAAAAUUGAAACCGAGACCACGAUUCGUUCCAGCCUGUGCCGCCGCUCUAGGUGAUAUCCGUGCGUGGCUACAGAAGCUUUCGGACCAAGUGACCGGAGCCACCCUAUUGGGGCGUGCGACUGAGCUAGAGGCCCAGGAAACAUACGAAUUUACACACAUUAACUUGAUGCAGCAGCAUGAGCUUCUCGCUGUCAUUCUUUGCUAUGCAAUUGAGAGACACACGGCAGUUGAGAGCGAUUUCAUCCAAUUUCUUGGCGAAUUUCGGCGUGUGAAUAGAUAUGAUUUCUCUAUAGUGCACCUGAUGCCCGUUCUCGGCGCCUAUAUCACGAUGUUUGGCUCGACCGAAGGCAGUGGUAGUGUAGAACAGGCCAGAAAACUCAAUGCCAUUGUAUGCCAACAACCCGAGAACUCUAUUGGGACGCUGCCCUUUCUGGAUGCCGCAGUAAAAUGUUGGUGGAUUGCCGAAUACAGUGGCUGGUAUAUGGAAGAUGCAGCUGGGUCAGUUCUACCCGAUAUUGACUUAGAUAAAGAGGAUAUACAGCGAUCUAAGCAAUUCACUGAAUCUCUAAAGGACGGUGCCUUCGACUUCUUGCUGACAGUCGUACUCGAUCUUAAAAUGACAGAAUGGCUAGACCCUUUCCAGAACAAGAUGAGAGGUUGGAUUCAGAAGAGAACACCAACACUCCCUCCUGAAACUGUUCCAUUCUCCACCCAAUUACGGAAUCGCAUGAUGUCGAAAAUGGAGAUGUUCGUAGACGCAUUUAUAUCAAACAUGCCUGACGUGCUCCGUAAGCUCAAGAUUGAAGAAGACGAGCAACGUCAGGCUGGUCAACAUCAGCAACAGGAUAUUGAUUUGGAGCGAUUUCUCUUACUCAUCGCGUACUCUUACGAGGGCCGACCGGAGGUGGCAGAUGCCUUCUGGGCUGACCCCGAGAGCAACUUAGCGGGUUUCUUACAAUGGGCAUCCCGUAGAACGACGACGCCUCUUCAAACUGCGUUCUGCGAAAUGCUACAGUGCCUUUCUGACGACGAGGAAACCGCAACUUAUGCACAUGAGUUUCUCUUAGAUGAAGUUCAUCAAUUACGACGGCCAUCUUCCAUUACAUGGACCCAUAUCUUGAAAGAGCUAGAAUACUACGUUAAUAAGGCCAGGGCAAAGCCAGUUGCUACGCAAUCGAUCACACACAGAGUCACUAAACUUGAUAGUGAACGGGUAGAGAGCGAGGGGGAGGUCUUGAUGCUACAGGAAGCUUACCUUCGGCUUAUAACAAAGCUCACUUCGCACAGUCAAGCUUGUCGUACUUAUUUGCUGCAGUUACAGGAUAACAAACUGGUUCUGCUGCUUAUGCAAGCUAUCAGUAGUGCUGUUGGUCAUCAGGUCAGAGCUCAUGCAUUCAGAGCGUUGACUGGUAUUAUGGCCCGAAAGAAUCUAUCACAGAACCAUACGAUGUGGGGAUAUGUCGAAGCUUGUUUCACAGGCUUCUAUAUCUCACCUGCUGUCUCUCCUAGGACACAGACUUCUGCGACGACUGCGCCAACUGGAUCUUCCCUAAUGGAAUCUUUAUUUCAAGAGAUGAGCCCGAAUUUCGACGAUAUGACUUCUUUUAUCCAGUUUAUGACCGUAUUAACAUCCCUACCUGACGAAAGUGAUGUUUUACAUGAUGCCUUACCUUACGCAGAAGACCUUGCCGCUGCUACACGUACACGUCCUGGUAUCGAACCUUAUAUCGAUUUCAUUCUAGGUCACGUAUUCUCGAUGAGAGUCCCUGAAUGUCGUGAUGUCGCUCAGCAGAGAAUACUCCGUUAUCAUUGUUUGGAUUUUGCCCUAGUCUGCAUUUCCAGCUUCAACGAAGAUCUAAUCCUGUUUGGUAACGAGUCGAACGUGAACGUUGAUUCUGCUAUUCAGACCAAAGAUCUGGAGACCUAUGUGAGUCUGCAUCCGUUCGCUCGCGUUAUGGAAUGGAUGUACGAUAGCAAAUUUAUGCAAGGUCUAUUGGAUACUAUUCAUCAGAAUGCCUCAGAUAUUGGCAAGGCAGCACCCGACUCUCCCCUUAUUCUUGGUGUUCUGCGAGCUGUUGAAUUGCUGUCAAAAGCCCUAGCCCUUCAGGCCACAUAUCUCGACCUAGUCAGACCAAUAGUUAAGCCCCAAAAUCGGACACAGAGCCGAUCGUCGUUUAUACCAACCUCUAAUGGAGCCUUCGCUUCGAUUGAUGAUGGUCUCAUGACUAGUCUUACACUAAUAUCAGAUCUUGGCGGUUAUUGUGGCAUAGGUCACCCGAGUGUUACCAUGGCGAGCCUGAAAUUGUUGGAAAAAAUAUCCACGUCCCCAAGGGUCAUCUCAGCUUGGCAGUCAGGUUUUCUCAACCAAUCACAUCGAAACAAAGCAAUCGUGGCCCUUGAAGAGCAUGGCGACGCGCAGGCUAUCGCCAGUGCCUUCAACUCUGAGUUGACAUCUCCGCUUGAUUUCCGCCGAGAAGCUGAAUCUCCCGAUUAUCAGAUCAAGGUCUAUAUAUUAGAUUUCCUCUAUUCUUGCUUAAAAGCUAAUCCAGACCGGCCGACAAUUGCACACCUUUUGCUCGGGUUCCGCUGCUCAACCAACUCGUUGGAGAUUGAACCUGGAGGCGCUUUUGACCAACGGUCGGCCCUGUUCCAUUCUUUAUUGCCGAUCGUUGUUGAACUACCUGGGAACAAUGAGGACGGAUACAUGGUACAGUGGCUGGUAAGGCUCAAGUACAAAGUCAUGCUUAUUUUCAAACUCCUUUGGAGUUCGCCAUUAUCAUCAAAUCUCGUUCUUGACGAACUACGAGAGAAUGAUUUCUUGUUCCACAUCUUGUUGCAGGGUCUUGUGGCUCAGCAAAGCUCCAUAUGGGAUGGGCAAGAAGCUAGCGGGCCUGACUUUCUCAUAAGCCCUGCUGCGCAAGGAUUUGUCGAUUAUCUCUCUAUGCGCGCCAUGGCGUUAGAGUAUAUCGCCCAUGAGCUCUGUAGCGUCAGCCAAGGCCAAAUGCCAGCCCUGAAAAGACGGAUUUUCGACGCCCUAGGUGGCCAGAUCAUUAUUGAAGGUCUAGAGCCGAUAUCUGUCCCGUCUGUGUUCGAGUUUCACAAUUCGUUGCCACAGGAAGAUCUGUUUGCAGCAGCACCACCGCAGCUGGAGACAUUGAGUGAUCUGGAUCUUAGAGCAUGCUUCGAAGAGGAUGAUGACUCUAACCUGGUCUAUAAUAUACACAAAGUGCAAGAGAUUCUGUUGCUGAGGCGUAACGAAGGCACGAAAUCUAAUGAGGUGGUUCUACAGCAGGAUGCAGCUCAGAUGGAUUCAGAGGAGGAAACAAUGCUACAAUACGUCGUAUACCUUAAUCGGUUAACCCAAACUCGAGCAUACAGCCUCAAGCUUCUGAAAGCGUGGACGAGGCUUUUAAUGGUGAUGACAGACUGUAACGAUUUCAAGGGUACGAAUGAGGUUUCAUUCAUCUUGCAAACCCUCCAAGCGACACUGCCUGGCCUUGAGAUGUACGGUUCCGAGAAACCUAGGACAGCUCUCGAGUUGGCAAGGCUUGCGAAAGUGCUUCUCUUCAAGCUUGAUUUUACCAGAAUGUUAUCAAUCGACAAACAUGGUGGGGCAGUAGAGAGCUUGAUUAGCGACAAAUUAUCCCACUUGUUGCAGAUAUGUCUGGACGCAAUUGCCAAGUGGGUAGCCAACCAGGAAUUACGCGCCAUUUACUACAGUCUCUGCUACCGCUAUCUGAGCGGACUUCUUGAUCAUAGUGAUGGAACUCCUUCUGGGCUUCGGAGAACCACUAGAACCAUACAGUCAUUUGGAGAAAAGCUUCUGAAUGUGGUUUGCGAUGAUGCAUUUGGUGGAGAUGCUCGAUGUCAAUCAGCAGCUUUAAUUUUCUUAACAAUUUUGGUUCAACUAGGCAAACAGGAAGGCGAUGAUUAUGUGGUUGAGGCACUUAACAAGCUGAACUUUAUCGGCAUUCUCGUCGAUUCUCUUCGCAACGUGAUGCAGGAAUGGAUGGAGGCCAAUCGCACAGGCAACUCUGAUGACCAGAAUUAUCUCAACGCCAAAUUAGUCCUUCUCUUGCAACUAUGUCAGACACGCCAGGGUGCCAAGUACGUUCUGUAUGCGAAUAUUUUCCGGACGAUUGAGCACUCUAGCCUGUUUGCGGUGGAUCCCGAGUUGCAUGUUGAACCUUCGGACUCGAAGGCAUUAAGAGAGCAUUAUGUACUGCUCGUGAAAGUGGCGCAAAUCAUUGGCGUCGCAAUAGUCAGCCGCGGUUCUCAUAAUAUACUACAAGGCAGGCGAUUCCUCUCAGAUCAUAGGAUGCUAGUCACGCAUGUCUUGAAGAGAUCAGCAGGAAUAGGCGCAGGGGUGGGAAAGAUGGAUUCGGUGCUUGCCCAACGCAUUGGCGAUCUAGCCGAAGCCUUCAUGGUUAUUAUCACAGCCACUGGUUUUCUGGAGUUUGAAAAUCAGACACCGACCGAGGAUCCUAAAUCAGCACCGAUGCUAUUUCACUAGAUGGAAACCCUAUUGCAAAUCAAGAGAUAAGUAAAGGUGUAUCAUCAACCCUAGCAGUGCGGCAAGCUGGCUCGCACACACAUGGCGACUAGGGUCUUGGCAGCAACAUACAUUCAUCAAAGAGUUGUACAAAUAAGUUUUGAUUACCAUCUAGAUAUUUAGAGUACCUAGGUAGCGUGGAGGACAGGAAAAGGGAAGGAAAAUGGCCCCUUGCUAAGGUAAAGAGUCGCGCAUUGGUUCUACGGUAUCUGUCUCAGUGAGGUCCCUCUUUCAGCCGCCAUUUUCCUAGAGACUACUAACAUUGAAGUCCGCACCUUAGCCAUUGGACAGAGUAUGUACUCACUUGCUCUAGACACAUAUUAUAACUACCUCCUAGGUACCUAAUAAUCACAAGAUAUGUAGUCCCUAGUACCUAGCCAGCCUUUAGUGGCCCCAGAAAGCUCGACCCCAGCCGAGUGCGGGGGGGGGAACACUAGAAACGUACAGUAUCAGCUAGGAUCCUGUUAACCUUCUUCUUUCGGUUAACUUGCCACGGCUGCCAAGUCGACUCGUGACCGCAGAUAGGGAAUAAUCGUAUGCCGUACGAGAUGGUCCCAGCUCUGCUGCAUGUGCUGUAUGUGUUGUAUGUGUUAUAUGCAUGUAUUCGAUGUAUGCCGCAGUACGGAGUAUAUAACAACAUGUUUUCCACGGCCUACGAUGACGCAGUUAGUACGGCCGUCACCUACUUGCAUCCUAUGUAUGUGUGUGU